AUGGCGAGGAUGACAAGUAGACAUGCUAUGUUCUGUCUCGUGCUGAUCACGUGCCUCUGUGAGACCGUGAUAUCGAAUGAGAGUCGACAGGUGACAUACGAGGUGUUACGAUUCUCAGGGCUCCCCACCAGUCACUGCACCAUCUACACUCGGAACUCCAACUCCGUACUGGAGUGUAGCUCCCAUUGUCUCCAACAAGCGGAUUGCUAUUCCUUCCAAUGGCUGAAUGGCAUCUGUACGCUACACAUUGGCUGUGUCUCUCCCGCACCGCAGCCCACGGCUGUACAAACGGCUGUACAAACGGCUGUACCGACGGGAUCUAACCACUUUGUACGGUCAGACCUAUGUGAAAUGAUAGGGUACGCCGACCUCCCUGACGUGGGUGUAUGUAUCAGGUUGUACCCAGAAUUCCUCAAUCAUACAGCGGCCGUAGCAACAUGUAAGGAGGAAUAUAACGGUCAUCUACUGGUGAUCGACACCGACUCAAAACUCAGACGGGUCCAGCAAUACCUCACUGCCAACUCGUACGGCCACUACGUGACUAUAAUUGACGGUACAGACAAGGCGACGGAAGGAGAUUGGCGCCACCAUAACGGCGAGCCCAUCACGUACUGGCAGUGGGGAGGAGUGGAGCCCGUCGACAGUUAUACAGACAGAGAAGACUGUUUAGCACUUGACCCGGGAUACCACUUCAACAUGAACGACGUUCUUUGUGACGAUCCUCAUCCAUUCAUUUGUGAACUUAAUUUACAGUGAAAACUGAACGUAUAACUAAUGUUGAUUAAAUCGGAUCGCCCCGACUGUUCUUUCCCUUACCUAUGGAUUUGGCAUUGAGUGUGGAGGCAAAAGGGACUUACAUGUGGAAGUACGAUAGAAACAUUCAAGGACGUAACUGUCCACCUUGAAUGCUAUAAUUAUUCUAGCUCUACAUAACUUUUUUAGACUGAUUUGAUAAACAAAAUGGCGACAGGUGGCCAUCUUGGAUUUUU